GUUUCCAAUGGAGCAGUUGCUAUGGCAAAGACCACAUUAGAACAGCUUUUGAUUAGAUGUGCAACUCCUUUAAAAGAUGAAGAAAAAACAGAAGAAAUCCUAGCAGCACAGGAAAAGUCUUUCCAUCAUGUAACGCAUGAUCUAGUUCGAGAAGUAACCUCUCCAAACUCUACUGUGAGAAAACAGGCCAUGCAUUCGCUGCAGGUACUUGCACAGGUCACUGGAAAAAGUGUCACGGUGAUAAUGGAGCCACAUAAAGAGGUUCUCCAAGACAUGGUGCCUCCUAAAAAGCAUUUACUUAGGCAUCAACCUGCAAAUGCCCAGAUUGGCCUGAUGGAGGGAAAUACUUUUUGCACAACCCUGCAACCCCGCUUGUUUACAAUGGAUCUAAAUGUUGUGGAACACAAGGUUUUCUACACAGAGUUACUGAAUUUGUGCGAGGCUGAAGAUGCUGCCUUAAUGAAACUGCCUUGUUACAAAAGUCUUCCAUCUCUUGUACCUCUUCGGAUUGCAGCCUUAAAUGCUCUAGCUGCCUGCAAUUACUUGCCUCAGUCAAGAGAGAAAAUCAUUGCUGCACUUUUCAAGGCACUUAAUUCAACAAAUAAUGAACUGCAGGAGGCAGGAGAAGCGUGCAUGAGAAAGUUCUUGGAAGGAGCAACCAUAGAAGUUGAUCAAAUUCAUACACACAUGAGACCAUUGCUUAUGAUGUUGGGAGACUAUCGAAGUCUGACACUGAAUGUUGUGAAUCGUCUGACAUCCGUCACUAGACUUUUUCCAAACUCUUUUAAUGACAAAUUCUGUGAUCAGAUGAUGCAACACCUGCGUAAGUGGAUGGAAGUUGUAGUUAUUACACACAAAGGUGGACAGCGGAGUGAUGGAAAUGAGAGCAAUUCAGAGCAUGGGAGAUACUCAUUGUCUCCAUUCUUUUCACCUGCCACGGAAGGGGUAGAGGAAAUGAAGAUUUGUUCAGCAAUUAUAAAUCUAUUCCAUCUGAUCCCAGCUGCCCCUCAGACCUUGGUUAAACCUCUGCUAGAAGUUGUUAUGAAAACAGAACGAGCAAUGUUAAUUGAGGCUGGCAGUCCAUUCAGGGAACCACUCAUAAAAUUUUUGACACGUCAUCCAUCCCAGACUGUGGAGCUGUUCAUGAUGGAAGCCACUUUAAAUGAUCCACAGUGGAGCAGAAUGUUUAUGAGUUUCUUAAAACAUAAAGAUGCCAAGCCUCUACGAGAUGUACUGGCAGCUAAUCCUAACCGAUUUAUCACUCUGCUGUUACCUGUUGGUACCCAAGCAGCUGUUAGACCUGGUUCUCCAAGCACUACCACAAUGCGUCUCGAUCUUCAGUUUCAGGCUAUCAAGAUCAUAAGUAUUAUUGUUAAGAAUGAUGAAUGUUGGUUAGCAAAUCAACAUUCCUUGGUGAAUCAGCUGAAACGUGUAUGGGUGAGUGAAGCUUUUCAAGAGAGACAUCGGAAGGAGAAUAUGGCUGCAACAAAUUGGAAAGAACCUAAGCUAUUAGCAUAUUGCUUACUGAAUUACUGCAAAAGGAAUUAUGGUGAUAUAGAGUUGCUCUUCCAGUUGCUUCGGGCUUUUACGGGUCGAUUUCUCUGCAAUAUGACUUUCUUAAAGGAAUACAUGGAAGAAGAGAUCCCCAAAAACUACAGUAUUCUCCAAAAACGGGCUUUGUUCUUCCGGUUUGUAGACUUCAAUGACCCAAACUUUGGAGAUGAGCUCAAAGCCAAGGUGCUGCAACAUAUCCUGAAUCCUGCUUUUUUGUACAGUUUUGAAAAAGGAGAAGGUGAACAGCUUUUGGGACCCCCAAACCCAGAAGGAGAUAAUCCAGAAAGCAUCACUAGCGUUUUCAUAACAAAGGUACUUGAUCCGGAAAAACAAGCUGAUAUGCUGGAUUCCCUCAGGAUAUAUCUUUUGCAGUUUGCCACACUUCUGGUUGAGCAUGCUCCACAUCACAUUCAUGACAAUAACAAAAACAGGAACAGCAAACUACGACGUCUAAUGACAUUUGCUUGGCCUUGCCUAUUGUCCAAGGCAUGUGUGGACCCAGCAUGCAAAUACAGUGGACAUUUGCUUUUGGCACACAUCAUUGCAAAAUUUGCCAUACAUAAGAAGAUAGUUCUGCAGGUUUUUCACAGUCUCCUAAAAGCUCAUGCGAUGGAGGCCCGAGCUAUUGUCAGGCAAGCCAUGGCUAUUCUGACCCCAGCUGUGCCUGCUCGAAUGGAGGAUGGACAUCAGAUGCUGACUCACUGGACUCGAAAAAUCAUUGUGGAAGAGGGUCAUACAGUUCCCCAACUAGUACAUAUUUUGCAUUUGAUAGUACAGCAUUUCAAGGUUUAUUAUCCAGUGAGACAUCACUUGGUUCAGCAUAUGGUUAGUGCCAUGCAGAGACUGGGCUUCACUCCCAGUGUUACCAUAGAGCAAAGAAAAUUAGCUGUGGAUCUUGCUGAAGUAGUUAUUAAAUGGGAGUUGCAAAGAAUUAAAGACCAGCAGCCAGAUUCAGAUAUGGAUUCAAGUGCAAGUGGAGAAGGAGCAAGUUCUGCCUCAUCCGCUGUUAAAAGAGGAUUGUCUGUUGAUUCUGGCCAAGAAGUAAAACGAUUCAGGACAGCAACAGGAGCAAUAAGUGCUGUAUUUGGACGUAGCCAGUCCUUGCCAGGAGCUGAUGCACUUCUUUCCAAGCCAAUUGACAAGCAGCAUACAGAUACAGUCGUGAAUUUCUUGAUUAGAAUUGCUUGCCAGGUAAAUGACAACUCAAACACUGCUGGGUCUCCUGGGGAAUUGCUGUCUCGCCGAUGUGUCAACCUUCUGAAAACAGCUUUACGACCAGACAUGUGGCCAAAAUCAGAACUGAAGUUGCAGUGGUUUGAUAAGCUGCUAAUGACUGUGGAACAACCCAAUCAGGCCAACUUUGCCAACAUUUGCACUGGCUUAGAGGUCUUAAGUUUCCUGUUAACUGUACUGCAGCCCCCUGCUGUCCUCAGCAGCUUCAAACCCCUGCAGCGAGGUGUAGCAGCUUGUAUGACUUGUGGGAACACCAAGGUUUUGAGAGCUGUCCACAGUUUGCUUUCUCGCUUGAUGGGUAUUUUCCAAAGUACGUGGUGUACCUCAAGUGUAGCAUCAAAGUAUGAAGAGCUGGAGUGCCUCUAUGCUGCAGUUGGAAAGGUUAUUUAUGAAGGACUUACUAAUUACGAAAAAGCCACUAAUGCUAACCCUUCUCAGCUUUUUGGUACAUUAAUGAUUCUGAAGUCUGCGUGCAGUAACAAUCCCAGCUACAUUGACAGAUUGAUUUCAGUAUUUAUGCGGUCUCUGCAGAAGAUGGUCAGGGAACACUUAAACCCACAGGCUACAGCAGGAACAGCAGAAGCAAAUACAGGUACAAGUGAACUGGUAAUGCUAAGCCUGGAUCUUGUGAAAACUCGGCUGGCUGUGAUGAGCAUGGAAAUGAGGAAAAAUUUUAUACAAGCUAUUCUAACAUCUCUCAUUGAAAAAUCUACUGAUGCCAAAAUUCUUCGUGCAGUGGUGAAAAUAGUAGAAGAGUGGGUGAAAAACAAUUCCCCAAUGGCAGCUAAUCAGACACCUACUCUCCGGGAGAAGUCUAUUUUACUAGUGAAAAUGAUGACUUACGUUGAAAAGCGUUUUCCAGAAGACCUUGAAUUAAAUGCCCAGUUCUUAGACCUUGUUAACUAUGUCUAUAGGGAUGAGAAUCUUUCUGGCAGUGAACUCACUGCUAAACUUGAACCAGCAUUUCUUUCGGGUUUGCGUUGUGCGCAGCCACUCAUACGAGCCAAAUUUUUUGAGGUCUUUGACAAUUCUAUGAAACGUCGUGUUUAUGAGCGCCUGCUUUAUGUGACGUGUUCUCAAAACUGGGAAGCAAUGGGAAAUCACUUCUGGAUAAAACAGUGCAUUGAGCUCCUGUUGGCGGUGUGUGAGAGAAACACUACAAUUGGGACAAGCUGCCAGGGUGCUAUGCUGCCCUCUAUCACCAAUGUUAUCAACCUUGCAGACAGCCAUGACAGAGCGGCAUUUGCUAUGGUAACCCAUGUGAAACAAGAGCCUCGCGAAAGGGAAAACAGUGAAUCCAAAGAAGAGGAUGUUGAAAUAGACAUUGAGUUGGCUCCGGGAGAUCAGACCAGCACACCUAAAACUAAGGAACUUUCUGAGAAGGACAUUGGCAAUCAGCUGCACAUGUUGACCAACCGCCAUGACAAAUUUCUUGACUCUCUUCGAGAAGUGAAGACUGGAGCGUUGCUGAGUGCCUUUGUUCAGCUAUGUCACAUUUCUACACCAUUAGCAGAGAAGACUUGGAUACAGCUUUUUUCACGACUUUGGAAAAUCUUGUCUGACAGACAGCAGCAU